AUGGUGCUCUGCCUCGGCUAUAUCGGGAGGGCGACGAGGGAAUGGAGAGAAUGCAACAUCUUGAUUAUUGACGAGGAAGCCAACCUAAAAGAAUGUGAAUCAAUGAUCCGUCUUGCAAUCAGAGGGAUAAAACAUGUCAUGCUCAUUGGGGAUAACAAGCAGCUACAAUCAAUGGUAAAGAGCCUGAUUGCUAAAGAGGCUAAGUAUGGAUGAAGCCUCUUUGAGAGAUUAUGUGAAAUUGGUUACUACAAGCACUUGCUAAAUGUGCAAUAUAGAAUGCACCCUUCCAUCAGCCAGUUUCCAAAUGAAAACUUUUAUGAUGGAAAAAUUAUAGAUGGUCCAGAUGCCAAGGACCAUAACAACAUUUAUCUCCCUGGCAAUAUUUUUGGUGCUUAUCAUUCAUUCAUCCAUGUUGAAGAUGGUAUGAAAGAGCACAUUGGUCAGAGUUCAAAAUAUAUGGUUGAGGCUGCUAUAGCAGCCAAUAUUGUUGACAGACUUGCUGAAGGUUGCAGCAUGCUCCAACCAGAAGAAAAAACCAAAGUUGGUGUAAUAUCUCAAUAUGCAGCCCAAGUAACUGCUUUGCAAGAAAGAAUUGGAAAUUUUCAGUACCAUGAGUUUCUCUAUGUUAAAGUACACACUGCUGAUUCAUUUCGUGAUGAGAAGGACAUAAUAAUACUUUCAAUAGUUAGAUGCAAUUAUGGUGGGAAUGUAGGCUUUCUCGAUUCUGAUAGGAGAGCUAAUGUGGCCUUGACAAGAGCAAAGUAUGCCCUUUGGAUCCUUGGACAUGAAACAACUCUCCUUAACAGCAAUUCAAUAUGGUGUAGUUUUGUCCAAGAUGCGAAGAGAUGUCAAUGUUGCUUUAAUGCUCGUGACGACAAAUAUCUAGCUAGAACAAUCGAUGAGCUUAAGGUGAGAACCCUGGCACAAGACCAGAAGUACCACGGGUCGGAGAGCCUGCACUGGCAGAAGGGGCUGCAGGGGCGGGAGUGCCCAGACAGGCAGUAG